ACAGUGAUUACCUGGGGGAAGUAAAGGGUGACUGUCCACAACAUGGCGGCCAGGAAUCUGGCUGCAGUUCUUCACGGUAAAGAUGACCUGAGAUUGGAGGAAAUCGCAGUCCCAGAACCCGGAGAAAACGAGGUCCAGCUGUCUAUGGGGUCAGUAGGUAUCUGUGGCUCGGACAUCAAAUACUGGGCGUACGGGCAGUGUGGUCGGUUUAAACUGACCGACCCGAUGAUAAUAGGUCACGAGGGGAGCGGGGUGGUCACCAAAGUCGGACCGGGCGUGAAACAUCUCGCUGUUGGGGACAGAGUUGCCAUAGAGCCUGGCGUUCCAUGCCGAACCUGUGAGCUGUGCAAGGAGGGCAAGUAUAACCUGUGUCCUGAGGUGAGGUUCUGUGCAACGCCACCUAUCGACGGAAAUCUGAGCCGUUUUUACGUCCAUGCUGCAGACUUCUGUUUUAAACUUCCAGAUACUCUGAGUAUGGAGGAGGGCGCCAUGGUGGAACCCCUGGCAGUGUGUGUAUACGGGUGUCAGCGGGGUGGAGUCACUCUGGGCAGUCGCGUCUUGAUAUGUGGGGCAGGUCCAGUUGGGAUAAUGGCGAUGAUGGUGGCCAAGGCACUGGGGGCCUCGGCAGUAUGUAUUACUGACAUAGACAACACCAGACUAUCUGCCGCCAGAAGUCUGGGAGCUGACCAUGUCCUCAAAGUGACCACUGGUGACUGCGAGGCUCUGGCAGGGGUUAUUCAGGACACCCUGGGGUGUCAUCCCCACGUGACGUUAGAAUGCAGUGGCUCCGACCAAAGUCUGACUACAGGAAUACACGCGACUCGGCCAGGUGGAAGUGUUGUACUGAUAGGCCGUGGAUCAAUGCAGCCAGCUAUCCCGAUUGUGUUAGCGGCGACCAAAGAAGUGGAUAUCAAGGGUGUGUUCAGAUACGCCAACUGUUACCCAAAAGCGAUAUCUCUACUGGAGAGUGGAAAAGUUGAUGUUAAACCCUUGAUCACCCAUCGCUUUAAUCUCAUGGAUUCCGUGAAGGCAUUUGAAGCUGCUAAGGACAGGAAUUCUGGCGCUAUUAAAGUAAUGAUUAACUGCUGACAAUGACAACCGCUAAUUUGAUUUUUAACUUCGAUGUCAAACGUAAAGUGCUAAUGUAUACGGAUGGGAAGCAGAUUUUUAUUGAACAAAUGAAUCAUCCACAUACUCAUAGUUAUUUUCCAUAAAAAAAAGAUAUAUUUUACUCACUAGGCCAAGACUAUGAUUCAGCUACAGCAAAAAAUGGAUUUUAAUCCCGUAUAUUACCAAAAAAAGCCCUACUGCCAACGAAAUUUUCAGUG